UCAGUCAUGGCGAUCAUAUCCGACAUCGAAGAAGACCAAGAAUCGCAAAACCCUUCAACCUCUUCUUCCCCUUCAGAUUCAACUCCAGGUCCCUACGAUGAAGUCCUGAAACCGAUCCUCGAUAAACUAGGCACUCUUGGUCUAGUGGAGACAGUGAUGGACUUCGUUCGUCGGAAAUCGGAUCUGUUCAAGGACGAAUCUGUAGAGAAGAAGAUUUCAGCCAUUCUUUCUUCUUUGAAAGAGAAGGAUACGGAGGAGAGGAAGAAGAGGGCAGAGGCGAGUGUAUUGAAGGAUGCUGGAAAGGCGGAGAAGCGUUUGAAAGAGGUGGAAAAGAAAGCCAACUCUAAAGAGAAAGAACCAGUACAGGAGUUGAAGGCCGAGACCAAAGCUGAGGAGAACGGAAAGCGAGAACCAAACAAGGGAAAUGGCAUGGAUUUCGAGAAUUAUUCCUGGACACAAACCUUACAAGAGGUCACAGUCACUGUUCCAGUUCCUCCUGGAACCAAAUCAAGAUUUGUUUCUUGUGAGAUAAAGAAGAACCACCUGAAGGUUGGACUUAAGGGCCAACCUCCCAUAAUUGAGGGAGACCUUUACCAAUCUGUUAAGGUUGACGACUGUUUUUGGAGUAUAGAGGAUUCAAAGUCUAUUUCUGUCCUUUUGACAAAGCAAAAGCAGAUGGAUUGGUGGAAGUGUUUGGUGAAAGGCGAACCUGAAAUUGAUACUCAGAAAGUGGAGCCUGAGAACAGCAAGCUAUCUGACCUGGACCCUGAGACUCGACAAACCGUGGAAAAGAUGAUGUUCGAUCAACGACAGAAAUCCAUGGGUCUUCCUUCAAGCGAUGAGAUGCAGAAGCAAGAGAUUCUCAAGAAAUUCAUGUCUGAGCAUCCAGAGAUGGACUUCUCAGGGGCCAAGAUAGCAUAGACUUGCUUCUGUUGAUACUUAUUUUUUCGGUCACAAGGACUUCAUCUCUUCUUAUGUUACUUACUGCCCUUUUGGGAGAAGUUGCAUGUUGGCUGAUUUUUUGUUCAGUUGUUUAAAGCAGUACGUGAGGGCUUUUUAUUUUCCUUUCUGCUAGUGCAAG